AUGUACUCUAUGACACCGGAUUAUUAUUAUCAUGAUAGCCGUGAGGUUUACUAUGAUAUUCCUGAUUUUAUUCCAAAUGACAACUACAACAACGUGUGUCAGCCGGCGUCUUCAACACAAUGGGAUACUCCACUCACCAACAAUCCGGACACAUCUCGGCUAACCGAUGGAUGCAUGCAAUAUGCUAGUGCUCUUUCUCGGAUCCCAUCAGCCAAUUCUAACUCCGGCAUUACUAAAGGACCUAUGGCAAUCGCCUUCUCAGCAACUGGAACUGGACAAAUACAACUGUGGCAGUUUCUAUUGGAGCUUCUGGCUGACGCAGUCAAUGCACAUUGCAUCGCCUGGGAAGGAAGCAACGGAGAGUUCAAAUUGGUGGACCCAGACGAGGUGGCCCGGAAAUGGGGUGAACGGAAAAGUAAACCGAAUAUGAACUACGAUAAGUUGAGUAGGGCACUUCGUUAUUAUUAUGACAAGAACAUUAUGACCAAGGUCCAGGGAAAGAGAUAUGCGUACAAAUUUGACUUUCAAGGGCUUGCACAAGCCUGUCAGAAUGCUAUUUUGACAAAUGGAGGGAAUCCAAACGGCGAUCUGUCUUCUGCAGUUCAGUCAUUAUCCCCGUAUACGAAUCAGAUUCUUCCACUUGGAGUCACAAGCAGACUAUCGACAUCAAUGAGUUCGUAUCCAUCGAUUCUCUCGGCUUCGUCGUCUACCUCUGCAAAUCAAAUUCUCCCACCAUCGUCGGCUUCAUCCACUUAUUGGUCUACACCACAGGCAUCAUUAUCUUAUACCGGAAUGCCAUCAUCGUAUUGA